AUGGCCGUUCCAACCAUGGGGCUCUCCUCCUCCUUCCUGUCGCUCUCUUCAGAUUGGUUACGGACGCAAACUGAUCUUACCACGUGGAAGAGGCCGGCUAUUCGCGUGCCACGUGUCAGCCGUAGGUCCCUUUUCGAGAUACGACGCUCCCACGGGCAAAUGUGAGGGGGAGAGAGAGAUAGAGAGAGUCCGAGCUUUCCUGAAAAGAGCUUUACCAUGUCGCCUGGGGAUGUCGAGAGAGCAAGCGUUGGGAGGGGAAGGCUCUGAGACGUAAUAACGAGAAAGCUAGGCAGUGGAAGAGAGAGAGAGAGAGAAACCUUAGAGACUAGAGAGAGAAAGUGGCUUUUGAGUUACAGAGGAAGCUGUAGACAGAAGGAAUAACUGGUUCUGGAAUAUAGGCAGAGAACGAGAGAGAUCCUUUGUGUAACCGAGUAAACAAGCAAGCGCUCAGGGAGCGAGAGAGAGAGACAGAUCAUCUCUUUCAAUUGAUCGCGGUUUUUCCGCUCUUUCUCCGAUUCAAGUAUUCGCUCUUGGGGCGAAAAUUUAUCAAUUUUUUGGUAUUGGGUGUUUGUUUUGUAGUUCUUUGUCGGGGCCAAAGGUUCCUUCUUUAUUUUAUUCUUUCUUGGGGUCAUUUCUUAGAUGGAGAUUCUCAGGCUUCCAAGCAGUGUUGGCAUCCCUGGUUAUUCUUGCUCGUCUAGAGGGCAGGUGAAUCCUUCGGUUAUGGCGUUCAAGAGCUCCAUUUGUGUCAGAUCGUUUCAUUCAAAUGUGGGGCGUAGUCUCUGUCUUCCUGGUUUGAGGAGUUAUUCAAUGAGUGGGAAGCAACAAGGAUUCUGCAACUCCGACGAUCUAGAGGAGGUUUCACUCGAUUGGGAGGAGGAACCUUAUGAUCUUCAGCCUCCAAGCGGGGAUGAGGAAGCUGCUGACCCUGUCCUUUCUGAGGUCAUGGAUAUGGAAGAAGUUCUCACAGUCGAAGUAAACGGAAAAGCUUCCAAAACAAGAACUUAUAACAUUAUCUUUGUAGCUUCUGAGGCUGCUCCUUAUUCAAAGACGGGAGGAUUGGGAGAUGUCUGUGGUUCCUUGCCAAUUUCCCUGGGUGGUCGUGGUCAUCGAGUAAUGGUCGUCACUCCAAGAUACAUGAAUGGAGUUAUGGAUAAGGCUUUUGCUGGGGCAAAGCUUUACUGUCGAAUUAAGGUUGCUUGCUUUGGAGGGGUUCAUGAAGUUGCAUUCUUUCAUGAAUAUCGAGCUGGUGUUGACUGGAUAUUUGUUGAUCAUCCUUCAUACCACAGACCUGGCAGUCCUUAUGGAGAUAAAUUUGGCACUUUUGGUGACAAUCAGUUCCGAUUUACUCUACUCUGUCAUGCUGCUUGUGAGGCCCCAUUGGUGCUUCCCUUGGGUGGAUUUACCUAUGGAGAGAAAUGCUUAUUCCUUGUUAAUGAUUGGCAUGCAAGCCUUGUACCCAUUCUAUUGGCAGCUAAAUAUCGUCCACAUGGUGUUUAUCGAGAUGGCCGCUGCAUUCUGAUAAUACAUAACCUAGCACAUCAGGGAGUGGAACCUGCUGUUACUUACGAGAAUCUGGGGCUACCGGCUGAGUGGUAUGGAGCACUGGAGUGGGUGUUCCCAACAUGGGCGAGGAAACAUGCCUUAGAUAAAGGUGAAACAGUGAAUCCUUUGAAGGGAGCAAUUGUAACUGCUGAUCGGGUUGUCACUGUUAGCCAGGGAUAUGCUUGGGAAAUAACUACACCGGAAGGUGGAAAUGGUCUAGAUGAACUCUUGCUCAGCCGUAAAAGUGUCCUAAGUGGUAUUACAAAUGGUAUUGAUAUUAAUGAGUGGGAUCCAUCUUCGGACAAGUAUAUUUCAUGCAAUUAUUCUGUUGAUGACCUUUCUGGAAAGGUGAGUUGCAAGACUGCUCUGCAAGAAGAGUUACAGUUUGCUAUCAGAGCUGACAUUCCUUUGAUUGGAUUCAUUGGAAGGUUGGAUUACCAAAAGGGUAUUGAUUUGAUACGUUGGGCUAUGCCGGACCUUCUGCAGGAGGAUAUUCAGUUUGUUAUGCUUGGAUCGGGGGAUGCAGGCACUGAAGAGUGGAUGAGGGAAACUGAAUCAGCUCACAAGGACAAGUUCCGAGGAUGGGUUGGAUUUAGUGUUGCAGUUUCUCACAGGAUCACUGCUGGCUGUGAUAUAUUACUGAUGCCUUCAAGAUUUGAGCCUUGUGGUCUGAACCAGCUGUAUGCCAUGAGAUAUGGAACUGUUCCUGUUGUACACUGUACAGGAGGCUUGAGGGACACGGUGGAAAAUUUUGAUCCUUUUGCUGAUGAUGGUGAAGGUCGUGGCACUGGAUGGGCCUUUUCUCCACUGUCCAAGGAAGCUAUGUUGGGGACUUUGAGAAUUGCCAUCGAGACUUACAGAGAUCAUAAAGCCUCAUGGGAACGACUGAUGAAGAGAGGAAUGAAAAGAGAUUCUUCAUGGCAGAAUGCAGCUGUUCAGUAUGAGCAAAUUUUCGAGUGGGCGCUAAUGGACCCGCCCUAUGUUCGUUAAAUCAUUAUUCGUUUCACUGAGAUGGGUGCUGCCCGUCUUUCAAUUUUUUUUUUUUGGCUCCAAAUGUUUCAAGCAUUAAAUUAGUUUAUUGCAUUUAUUUAUUAACCUGAAUAAGAGGAUCCUGUCUAGUGUAAAGCACGUUUUUUUCUCAAAAAGUUUGUUGCGCCUUUGCUGCUUCUUUUUC